AUGCCGGCUACCAUGGUGGCUCUGUCCACCCGACCUUCAAAACCGAACAAGAAAGGCGUGGUCCUCCCCUCCGAACGUGAGCGUUAUAUCCAGGCAUGCGCCGACAUUGCCCAUCGCUUGAUUCAACUUCACGAAGAGAAUGGAGGAGGGAAAGAUGUGAACCUUAAUGCUCUAAGAGGCCAGAUUUCGAAAAAGCAUAAACUGAAGACAAUCCCACCGCUCACAGCUAUCAUUGCUGCUAUUCCCGAACACUAUAAAAAAUACAUUGUUCCCAAACUCAUAGCAAAGCCAAUUCGUACAAGUUCCGGAAUAGCUAUCGUGGCAGUCAUGUGCAAACCUCACAGAUGUCCUCAUAUUGCCUAUACAGGAAAUAUUUGUGUUUAUUGCCCCGGAGGUCCAGACUCAGAUUUCGAGUACAGUACGCAAUCAUAUACCGGUUAUGAACCAACCUCCAUGAGGGCAAUUCGUGCACGCUACGAUCCUUUUGAACAAGCUAGAGGGCGUGUGGAUCAGCUGCGACAACUUGGGCAUAGUGUAGACAAGGUCGAGUUUAUUAUUAUGGGAGGCACCUUUAUGUCUCUCCCGGAAAGCUACAGGGACGGGUUUAUUGCAAGUUUGCACAACGCGCUUUCAGGAUAUACUACGGAAAACGUGGAUGAGGCUGUCCGCCUAGCAGAACAAUCCGAGACCAAAUGUGUGGGGAUUACAAUCGAAACAAGACCAGAUUAUUGCCUCGAUCAGCACUUGAGCUCUAUGCUACGUUAUGGCUGCACACGGCUCGAGGUUGGGGUCCAGAGUCUUUACGAGGACGUCGCCCGAGAUACAAACCGUGGCCAUACGGUGAAAGCUGUAUGUGAGACCUUCAAACUGGCGAAGGAUUCGGGUUACAAGGUUGUGUCGCAUAUGAUGCCAGAUUUACCCAAUGUAGGCAUGGAGAGAGAUCUGGAUCAAUUUAGAGAGUAUUUCGAGAACCCGGAUUUCCGAACAGACGGCCUCAAGAUCUAUCCAACUCUUGUCAUUCGAGGCACAGGUCUAUACGAGCUCUGGAGAACAGGACGAUACAAGAACUACACCCCCAAUGCUCUCAUCGACCUAGUCGCUCGUAUCCUAGCCCUCGUUCCUCCAUGGACCCGUAUCUACCGAGUCCAGCGCGACAUCCCGAUGCCCCUUGUAACUUCUGGCGUGGAGAACGGUAACCUCCGCGAGUUGGCCUUGAGCAGGAUGAAAGACUUCGGAACAACCUGCCGUGACGUGCGUACCCGUGAAGUUGGGAUUCAGGAGGUGAAGAACAAGGUACGGCCAGAUCAAGUGGAGCUCAUCAGACGAGACUAUACGGCGAACGGCGGAUGGGAGACAUUCUUGAGCUAUGAGGAUCCGAAGCAGGAUAUAUUGAUCGGACUGUUACGACUACGGAAGUGCUCUGAUCGAACCUUCAGGCCCGAGCUCAUUGGUCAGCCUACGAGCUUGGUUAGAGAGUUGCAUGUUUACGGGUCUGCGGUGCCAGUGCACAGUCGGAAUCCGAAGAAGUAUCAGCAUCAGGGGUAUGGCACUUUACUCAUGGAAGAGGCGGAAAGGAUUGCCAGAGAGGAGCAUGGGAGUAGAAAGAUUAGUGUGAUUUCCGGCGUCGGGGUACGAAAGUACUAUGCUAAACUUGGAUAUCACUUGGACGGUCCGUACAUGUCGAAGAUGCUGGAUGAGCAUAAGGACGAGAAUUAG